AUGACUGACCGUCACGUCUUUACGAGUCAAAAUAACUAUGCGAGACUUGAAGAAGCCCUUGAAUCUAUAGUAUCUGAUGAAAAUAAUGAUGCGCAGUACGACGUCUUUUUAUUGCCACCAGAUCCAGCUAUUGUUAGUGAUGAAGAAGAAGGUAAUGAAGAUGACUUGUCUUCUACAACUUUACAUAAUGAUUUCUACAACUUUCCCGAGAGACGUACCGGGUACAGUUGA